AAGCGAUCGGGGUAAGGUUUUUGUGGGUCAUGGAGGAGGAAGGUAAAUAAAAGGAGAAGCGAUAAAAACAUACAGCGGCUGGUUUCAGACGGUUACCGGGGGAGUUAACAGCCUGGAUGCAGCAACUUUUGUCCUGAAACGGUGAUAAAAUCGGACGGAAACACAGCGGAGAGGAGUGACUGUCGGCGUUCUCAGGUGGUCUGAUUGGGUUUGCCUCGUCCUUGUGUUGCCAUGGCGAUGCGGGAGUUGGUGGAGGCAGAAUGUGGGGGAGCCAAUCCCCUCAUGAAGUUGACCAGUCACAUGACCAAGGAAGGGGGGGCAUGGCGCCACCGCUCAACACCUACAAUCCCCCCGACUCCCAUUGAAAUUGCAACUGAGGAAGAGCUGGUGAAUGAGUUCCUUCAGGCGCCCCCGCGACCUCCACACACGUUCGACAUGGGGCAGCUGUUGGAGGAAAUGCAGCAGAUCGACCAGCAGAGCUACAGACAGGCUCCACAGAGGGCUCCAGAUGUGGCAGCGUUGGCUCUCUCUGGUGACUGGACAGCAGAGUUCAUCGCAGGUGCUGACUCUGCCUCGGCGCCGGGGCUCAUCGCACUCGGUGAUACAGCAGAUGCUGAUUGGACGAGGGAGUUUAUCGCCGAGGCUGCAGAUCCUGGUCGCUGGGCAGAGGAGUAUCUGGAGCAGUCGGAGGAGAAGUUAUGGCUGGGAGACCUUGGAGACAAAGAGAAUGAGUGGACAAAGGAGUAUCAACCAGGAGAGGAACUGAGGGAGACUGCCAACGAGCUUGUCGCAAAGGUCGACGACCCCAAGUUACAAAACACAGAGUUCCUGCAGUUCAUUAGGCAAAUUGGCGAGGGAAGUGUCACAGUGGAGAGCAGAACAGACAAACAGCUCAAAGAUAAAGCUCAGGCCGAGGAGGCUCAGAACUGGGCCUCCAACCUCAACCAGGUGUCGGAGGAGUCGGCUGAAGCCUGGGUCGACCAGUUCGCCACAUCAGGACCGGAUUUCCAACAAGCCAAAGCUGCAGUGGAGAGCGAUGUGGAUUUCUGGGAGAAGCUGCAGCAGGAGUGGGAGGAGAUGGCUAAGAGGGACGCAGAGAGCCAUCCCUGGCUGUCUGACUUCGAUCAGCUACUCAGCACUUCUUAUGACAAGGGUUACCAGUUUGAAGAGGACAACCCGUACAUGUCCCACACAGACCCUUUGUCAGAGGGAGUGAAGAGGAUGGAGGCCGGAGACAUACCGGGCGCCGUUCGCUUUUUUGAAAGUGCCGUACAGAGAGAACCAGAGAACCAACUGGCUUGGCAAUAUCUGGGAACAUGCCAGGCAGAAAACGAGCAAGAAUUCGCUGCCAUCAGCGCCCUCCGAAGAUGCAUAGAGUUGAAGAACGACAACCUGACUGCUCUGAUGGCGCUGGCUGUCAGUUUCACCAACGAAUCGCUGCACAGGCAGGCCUGUGAGACUCUUUGUGAUUGGCUAAAGCACAAUCCAAAAUACCGCUCAGUGUGGGAGCAGAACGAGCAUGAACGCCAAAAGGACGGUGCCAGAGAAAGGGACAAGGAGAGGGAGAGGUUUGGGUCACUGCUGCCUGAAUCUUUGUUUACUGAUGUCCAGACUUUGUUCCUGCGUGCAGCCAACUCCGACCCUGCACAAGUGGACCCUCAGCUGCAGUGUGGUCUGGGAGUUCUCUUCAACCUCAGCGGAGAGUACGACAAGGCGGUGGACUGUUUCACCGCCGCUCUCUCGGUCACACCACAGGACUACCUGCUGUGGAAUAAGUUGGGUGCCACGCUGGCCAAUGGGAGCCGCUCAGAGGAGGCAGUGGCCGCCUACAGGAGAGCCCUGGAACUGCAGCCAGGUUUCGUCCGCAGUCGCUACAACUUGGGAAUCAGCUGCGUUAAUUUAGGAGCACACAGAGAGGCAGUGGAGCACUUCCUCGAAGCUCUGUCUCUACAGCGCCAGGCCGCCGGGGACGGAGGGAGAGCUGCGAGGGGGCCUGGAGGUGCCGCAGCCACCGUGAUGUCUGACAACAUCUGGUCCACCCUGCGCAUGGCUCUCAGCAUGAUGGGAGAGAGCUCUCUGUACACCGCUGCUGACCGCCGGGACUUGGACACGUUGCUGGCUCACUUCUGUCAGAGAGAGGUGGAGGGUGGGCCCGAAUGAGGAUCAGCCAGGGGAGGGCUUAUUGAGUGUGAAUGUGUUUUGCUGGGAGGUAAAUGUCUGGGUGACUGAAUGAGGUGGCGAAUGCGAAGAACCGGGACAUGGUAACAGAUGACGGUAAGAGAGAAACGGAGGAGGAAGACACUGUGAAUUAUCCACCAUCCUAGAGACGUCUUGUGCCCAUGUGCUCUUCAUUGACUUCUAUCAAACAUUUGCAGUAUUAGUCUCUACCUGGAAAGUAGCAGCCAGCAAGAAUACAGUCGUGUCACUGUAUUUUACACGUUUGACAGUCUUCACAUUUCUCUCACUCUGUUGAUCUGCAGAACUGAGUUUAAUGAAAUAUUAAAAUGAUUCAUCUCAAAAUUCACAAAGAAAGUAAAUAAUGAAAAUGACUGAAUCUGUUCUGUGUUCAGUAACCAGUGGUUUGACAGUUUUUAUUAUGACACUCAGUGCUCUCGCAGCUUUUCUUCAUAACAGGUUGUAAGCUGAACUGUAAACUCACUACGGUUAUGUAGAUUUAAGGUACAAUGUUGCUGUGAUAUCGAGAAGAGCGCUGCGUUUUAUCAGAAGUGCUCUCAAGAGAAGGAUUAGUCCGUUCCAGAGUACAUACACUAGUCAGCAGCUUGUUUUUUUGUUUUGUUUUUUUAUACCUAAUUUAAUUUUUUAGUAAUCAACUAUCAGCCUGGACAAUGAACUGACAACCAGCGGGACUGUUACUGUUAUGACGAGUGUGUGUACACUGUGUGUGUGGGUGAGGGACAUUAAUCAUGCAUCGGAGGAUGAGAUCAUAUAAUUGUAAUAUCAUUGAGAAAUAUCUGGGCUCCUCCCUCUCUUGGUCUUUUUCAUAUCGCUCUUGUAAAACAAUUUGCUUCGUUGUAAAAUAUCGCUAUAUGCCAUAUUGUGUAUUGUAACAUAAUUGUUGCACUAUAAUUGUUUUCAGGCUAGUUAUAUCCUGAUUGCAAUGUUUAAUAUAAUAUUCAGCAAUAAAGCUUUGAUUCCAAACAA